AUGUAUCGGUUGGAGCCUUGUCUGUGGCAGGUGAAAAGUAAAGAGUACCACGACCGUGAAAAGAGAGGUGCAGCCUAUGAACGACUUGUUAUUAAAUUGAAGGAGUUAGAACCCGACGCUACAAAGCAAUCUGCAGUGAAAAAAAUAAAUAAUUUAAGAAGUAAUGUAUGUAAAGAAAAGAAGAAACGUUAUAUGUCAAUGAAAUCUGGAGCUUUAACAGACAAUAUCUACACAUCAAAAUUGUGGUACUUAGAUUUGUUCGAUUUUCUUGGCGAUCAAGAUACUCCUUGUGCGUCUGUGUCAAACUUGGAUGACGAGGAUGGAUAUGAGAUCGAUGAAGAUGGAUUCGAUGAUGUUGCUCCACAGACACCCAUCACUGAAGAACCCUCAGAGACAAACGAGAGUCUUCAAAAUUCCAAAGAACUCCCGAUAUCACGACCAAAUUUUGCAAAAAAAGAGGAAAAGUGUGGAACUGACCAACGACGUUCUGCUAUCAGUGAGAGAUCAUUUUAA